AGUUACAUUAAGGCGCUUCCUUGUUAUCGAAUGAAACCUCAAACGGUAGGUUUUUUUUUCCCCUGCUGAUCUAAAUGCGAACCGCUUUCUCGUCCGUCAGCGCUUUCUUCAGCAGACGUGAUUCGGGUCAGUUUCAUCCGCCAACAUGAACACGGAGAAGGACUUUUCACCGCUGACGCCCAACAUUGUGAGGGCUCUGAAUGAUAAACUCUACGAGAAAAGGAAAGUCGCGGCUCUGGAAAUAGAGAAGCUGGUGCGAGAGUUUGUGGCCCAGAACAACUCCACUCAAAUCAGACAUGUGAUCCAGAUUCUGGCAUCGGAGUUUGCUCUCUCUCAACACCCGCACAGUCGCAAAGGGGGUCUGAUCGGACUGGCAGCUUGCUCCAUCGCCCUGGGGAAGGACUCAGGACUGUAUCUGAAGGAGCUCAUUGAGCCCGUACUCACAUGUUUCAAUGACUCAGACAGCCGCUUGCGCUACUAUGCCUGUGAGGCCCUGUAUAACAUAGUGAAGGUGGCCAGGGGAGCAGUGCUGCCUCACUUCAAUCUACUUUUUGAUGGUCUCAGCAAGCUUGCAGCAGAUCCUGACCCUAAUGUGAAGAGUGGAUCUGAACUCCUGGACCGGCUGCUGAAAGACAUAGUAACAGAGAGCAACACCUUUGACCUGGUGGCAUUUGUCCCCCUGUUGAGGGAGAGAAUCUAUUCGAAUAAUCAGUAUGCCAGGCAAUUUAUCAUUUCUUGGAUCCAUGUCCUGGAGUCUGUGCCAGAUAUCCACCUGUUAGACUAUCUCCCUGAGAUCCUAGAUGGUCUCUUUCAGAUCCUGGGUGAUAACAGCAAGGAGAUCCGCAGGACCUGUGAGGUGGUGCUUGGAGAGUUUCUAAAGGAGAUUAAGAAGACCCCUUCGAGUGUGAAAUUUGCUGAGAUGGCCAACAUUCUUGUUAUUCACUGCCAAGUUGCUGAUGAAACCAAACUCACGAAUGACCUGAUCCAGCUGACAGCGAUGACCUGGAUGAGGGAGUUCAUCCAGCUCGCGGGAAGGGUGGUGCUCCCUUAUUCCUCGGGGAUUCUCACUGCAGUGCUCCCAUGCCUUUCCUAUGAUGACAGGAAGAAAAAUACCAAAGAAGCAGCCAGUGCCUGUAAUCACAGUCUGAUGAAACUGGUAACUCUUGAAGAUGAUGAAGAUAUUAAGGAAGGAAGAAGCGGAAGCACGGGAUCACCUUCUGCAGGAGAAGGCCAGCCCAAAAUGGAAGGAGACAGCAACGAUAUGCUGAAUGCAUCCCAAGAAUCUGUCGGUUUGAGCAAUAUCAGUUUCUUUACGCCAGCAAGUUCUGAUAGGCCUCAGGUAACUCUGGACCUCGAUGGCAUUGUUCAGGUGUUGGACCGCCACCUCCAUGACUCCUCCACUGGCAUGAUGACCCGCAUAGCUGUCCUCAAAUGGCUUUAUCACCUAUACAUUAAGACACCACGCAAAAUGUUUCGCCACACAGACAGCCUUUUCCCUAUUCUGCUUAAAACACUCUCUGAUGAGUCUGAUGAAGUCAUCCUAAAAGAUCUUGAAGUUUUGGCUGAGAUAGCAUCAUCUCCUGCUGGCCAAACAGACCAGGCCUCCUCCUGUGACAUCAUUGAGAACAAACUGGUGCUCAAGGUGCAAGAGGGUCCCAAACCCGGACAGCAGUCCAGCACAGGCCCCAAAACAAUGGAUUCCUCCCCCUCCACUCCGAGUAUGAACUCAUAUUUUUACAAGUUCAUGAUCAAUUUGCUGAAGCGUUUCAGUAUGGAGAGGAAGCUUCUGGAGAACAGAGGAGCUUUCAUCAUCAGACAGCUUUGUCUAUUGCUUCAUGCAGAGAACAUCUUCCACUCUAUGGCUGACAUCUUGCUAAAAGAGGAGGACCUUAAAUUUGCCUCCACCAUGGUUCAGACCCUCAACACCAUUCUGCUCACCUCUGCUGAGCUUUUCCAGUUACGCAACCAGCUAAAAGACCUGCACACCCAGGAAAGCUGUGCUUUGUUUUGCUGCCUGUAUCGUUCCUGGUGCCACAACCCUGUGGCCACCGUGUCACUUUGUUUCCUCACACAGAACUACAAGCAUGCGUACGAUCUCAUCCAGAAGUUCGGAAAUCUGGAAGUGACAGUAGACUUCUUGAUGGAGGUUGACAAGCUGGUGCAGCUCAUUGAAAGCCCAAUUUUUACCUAUCUGCGCCUGCAGCUCCUAGAUGUGGAGAACAACCCAUACCUGAUUAAGGCAUUGUAUGGACUGCUGAUGCUGCUGCCUCAGAGUCAGGCAUUCCAGCUGCUCUCCCAUCGGUUGAAGUGUGUUCCCAACCCAGAGCUUAUGAGAACUGUGGAUGAAUCCAAGUAUAUGGACUCUAAAAAGCAAGCAGUCUGCAAGCGCUCCUCUCACAUUCAGGUGGAUUACAACGAGCUGCUGCAGCAUUUUGACAAAGUGCAGAGUAAACACCUGGAGGUCCGACACCAGCGCUCUGCACGUGCAUCGGAUCACCACGACAGGAAGUUGAUGUGAAAUGAAUAAGUUAUGAUUAUUGAAAACAGAGUAUGAUGUGUAGUAAUACAGAAAUAAAAUACUGAAGAAAAUAAUUAUUAAAGCCAAAAAGUGUUAGGUAUAUAUAAUUAUUUGUUGGAGAAACACUGGAUACUGCACUGUCAAAUCCGCUGUGUGUAUUUUGGCAUUCCUUGUCUUUAUGAUGUGUAACAUAAAAAAAAAAAAAUGAAAAGUAUAAAUCUCACCAUGUAAAAAGACAAACUAAACCUACUUCCAAAUAACUUUUAUUAGAAAGACCGUAUAACGAAUAGUUAAAUAGCUUGUCAUUAAAGUUCUGUGCUAGUCGUGUUUUCUUAAUAUGUCCUAUUCUGCAGCACUAUCAUUAAGCAUGUGUUCAAGGUUGCCUUAAUCAUGUCUGCCAGAAAAGGAAUCUCACGGGUUGACUCCGAUCAGUUGAGAUUGAAAUCUGUUGAUGACCGUGAACUCUGACAUACUCCGAGUAAAUCCAUGUUACUACAAGUUUUUACAUAGCAGAACUUCAACUUUUAUUUCUUGCUUAUAUAUUGACUUUUUUUGUAUGUAAAGAUCCUUUAUUCGUUGUGAUGUUUCACUGCAGUCAUUCUAUGCGAAAAUAAAUAAAGUCCAUGUAAUUAAA